AUGGAUGAUCUAAUCUACACUGAAAGUAAUACAACCAUGUUUGAAAGCUUUAAGAAAUCCAUGAUGGCUGAAUUUGAAAUGUCUGAUCUUGGCAUGAUGCAUUACUUUCUUCGCAUAGAAGUGUUGCAAUCCUCUACUGGCAUUUUUAUUUUUCAAAAGAAGUAUGUGGGAGAAAUCUUGGACAAGUUUCAGAUGAAGGAUUGUAAUCUUGUGAAUACACCAUCUGAGUUUGGUUUGAAACUAAACAAGGAUGAGGGAGGAAACAAGGUUAACAGAGAUUUUGAUGAUCGAAAAAGCACAUCUGAGUAUGUUUUAAUGUUGGAAACAGGAGCUAUUUCAUGGUCAUCAAAGAAGCAGCCAAUCGUCACAUUGUCAACCACUGAAGCUGAAUUUGUUGCAGCAACAGCUUAUGCUUGUCAAGCUAUUUGGCUGAAGAAGAUUCUUGAAAAACUGCUGUUCAAAGAAGAUGGGCCUACUCUUAUUUACUGUGACAACAGUUCAGCAAUAAAGCUCUCAAAGAAUCAUCAAGUAUACAUGUAUUUCCAUGGAAGCGGUAAAGCUGCCAAGCUGAAACGCGAAGCUGAAGCUGCGAGAGGAGCAAUGAGGGCUGCCAUCUAA